UUCAGCUGAUGUGCCGCUGAAAUAUAUUUCUGUGUUCACCAAACUUUUGUUUAUUAUUCUAUAAAUUUCCAACAAAUGUUUAUUAUUUGUACAUAAAUUUCGUUUCGCGAGUGAUAUGAUUUACCUCUGAUCCAGUGUAAUUAAUGUGAUAAUCAAAAGACUGUAAUAGAAAACAACAAAAAAAUUAUUGGUAAUCUAAUAAAUCAGGAACUUUAUCAGAUUCCAUAAGUCAGCUUAAAAGUGAUUAACUAUAAGUAAGACUACAUACAAACAAAUAUUAUCAAGUGGAUAGAAAUACGAGCACAAAAUGCGUAUCAUCAGAACCAGUAUGCUGUCAGCUAUCAAACGGAUCUCAACGAGAAGACCCACUACCUUGGUCAGUAAUAUCCGAACUUUGAGCUCCUUUGGAACGAUGAGCCUGCCGGAACGUCAGCCCUUCUCGCCAGACUUUUUCUUCCGUCAACUUUUUGAUGGAGAAAGCAGUACGUAUAGUUACCUUCUGGCGGAUCUGAAGAAUGGCGAGGCUGUGAUCAUUGAUCCUGUUCUGGAGCAGGCCAAACGAGAUGCCCAGUUGGUCAAGGAUCUGGGCUUUGAGCUAAAGUAUGCCAUCAACACCCAUAUGCAUGCCGAUCACAUAACGGGCAGCGGCUGGUUGAGGAAGCUGACGGGUUGCCACUCGGUGAUUGCCGCCGCCAGUGGAGCUAAAGCGGAUCGUCAUCUGAAGGAGGGGGAUCGUAUAGAUUUCGGUACCCAUGUAAUAGAUACUUUGGCCACUCCGGGUCAUACCAAUGGCUGUAUGAGCUAUGUGAUCAAGGAUCAGGGUUGUGUCUUUACCGGGGACACUCUCCUGAUUCGAGGCUGUGGACGCACUGAUUUCCAAGAAGGCUGUCCACGUAAUCUAUAUGAUAAUGUACAUAGCAAGAUCUUUACUCUGCCGGAAAACUUCCGCAUCUACCCAGCACAUGACUACAAAGGUCAAUUGGAAAGUAGUGUGUGGGAGGAAAAGCGCUAUAAUCCCAGGCUCACUAAGGAUAUAGAAGAGUUUGUGAAAAUCAUGGACAACCUGAAUUUGCCAUAUCCCAAGAAAAUAGAUGUCUCGGUACCCGCCAAUCGAGAGUGUGGAGUCUACGAUAUACCCAAGGAAUAAAUUUAACCCCUGAAGUCACUACAAAUGCAGAUUUUAAUAUAAAGUUUCUAAGAGAUUUGUAAUCUUUAAAAUAAAUAUACAUUAAAUAUUCGUUA